CCCCCCCCCCCGGGACUCCUCUGAGCCUCCCCGAGGCGGCCGUGUCUUGCUCUGCUGCUCGUGGGGACGGGGUGGCUCGCCCAGGGGCUAGGAGGGCUUCCCUGCUGGGUGCCCCGGCUGCGCUCCUUCAGCCCGGUGUGUACCACCUCGGGUUUUUCCUCCUUCCCUCCUCUUGCCCCCUGCGCUCCCUCCCCCGUGCUGCGCCCGGACGCCUCCUGAAUGCCCGGCCACCUCCUCUGUCCUCUGGGGAGCUCUUCUGCUUCUGGUCUCAACUGCAGAGGGAAAGAGGAGAUAGCGAAAAGCUCCUCAGGGUGGCAUGCAAGCAGGAGGAAAAGCAGAGACUGCCUGUUGCUUCUUCCUUUUUCCCCAACACCUUGCAGUGCUGUCCGUAGUUGCUGCUUGCCCUCCUCCCCUCGGGAAGCUGCCGUGGUGGGAUGAGGUGCCUGAUGUUCAGGCUGGUGGGAGAGGAGUGGUACCUUGGCCUGGUUGGGUUCAAAAACAGAAGCUGAGUUUGAACGAUGUGGUUACUGCAUCUUAUCUCCCAUCUGAGCGGCCUGUGCCAACAGCGCUGGCUCAGGUUGACCGCGAAAAGAUCUACCAGUGGAUCAAUGAGCUGUCCAGCCCUGAGACACGGGAGAAUGCGCUGCUGGAGCUGAGCAAGAAGCGUGAGUCUGUGCCUGACCUUGCCCCGAUGCUGUGGCACUCGUUUGGCACGAUUGCAGCACUCCUUCAGGAAAUUGUAAAUAUUUAUCCAUCAAUCAACCCUCCGACUUUGACAGCCCAUCAGUCCAACAGAGUCUGCAAUGCUUUAGCUCUACUACAGUGUGUUGCAUCGCAUCCUGAAACGAGGUCAGCUUUUCUGGCAGCUCAUAUCCCUCUCUUCCUGUACCCCUUCUUGCACACAGUUAGCAAGACACGUCCAUUUGAGUACCUGCGGCUCACGAGCCUCGGAGUGAUUGGGGCCUUGGUGAAAACUGAUGAGCAAGAAGUGAUAAAUUUCUUACUGACAACAGAAAUUAUCCCCCUGUGCUUACGCAUUAUGGAGUCUGGCAGUGAACUCUCCAAAACGGUUGCUACAUUUAUUCUUCAGAAAAUCCUCCUGGAUGACACAGGGUUGGCAUAUAUCUGUCAGACUUACGAGCGGUUUUCCCAUGUUGCCAUGAUACUGGGUAAAAUGGUCCUGCAGCUCUCCAAGGAGCCGUCGGCACGGCUACUGAAACAUGUCGUCCGCUGCUACCUUCGCCUUUCCGAUAACCCCAGAUGUAGGGCACGUGAAGCUCUCAGGCAGUGCCUUCCUGACCAACUGAAGGACACCACCUUUGCCCAGGUCCUGAAGGAUGACACCACCACAAAGCGCUGGCUGGCUCAGCUUGUCAAGAACCUGCAAGAGGGUCAAGUCACUGACCCACGGGGCAUCCCUCUUCCUCCGCAAUGACUGCUGGGGGAGGUGGGAGACUGGGGAAGAAACAGCUCAGGUUUACAAAGAACCAGGAACAGGUGACCUCUGCAACAAACUGGGCACACCAGCUGGCUGCCAGCUUGUCGGACCACCCCACCCAGCCAAAGGGCUGCUCUGUAGCAAUGCAGCAUGCCUCCGGGGAUCGCAACACCAGCAAAUGCUGAUACUACAGCUUAAAAAAAAAAAAAAAUCAAUAAAAACAAUCUGUAAAGAUCCCCAUCUCUCCAGGAGACUUGGCUGGCAUCUCUCCCCCAACUGCCAGGCAGGGGGUGUAGUGCAGAUGUCUGCUCUUCCAGCUAGCUCAGCCUCUGCCCAAGCGGUGUGUGACAUGGGGUGUGCAUGCCACAUCCCUCCGGUUCCUUGUCACUUCUUGUUUACAUGUCUGUUUAGAUGAGUGAGCUGAAUAAAAGCUGAUCCAGUUGUUUUAUCCCCUCUUAAGACUGCUACUCAGCUGCAGGUAGCCCAGGGACAGCUUUCUUCCCUGCCAGCACUUCCUUGCUCCUGGCUCUGCAUCUGGCUGGUGCAGCGAGCUUCUCUCUUCCUUUCCUUUGGCACAGAGGCAGUGGCUGGAGCCGGGCCACUGCGGUGCUUGCCCCAGGAGGAGGGGUGGAUUACUUGUGAUGAACCCGCACGUCAUAAGCUUGCUUCCCAGGGCUCUUGGGGGAGGAGAAGACAGCAGGACUGUGGCUCUUGUGCUGUAAAUAGUGCACUCCUGCAGCUAACCAGCGGCUGGGGGCUGAUGCGUGCUGGUCUCUCAUCUAGCCCAGCUCUUGCCCAGCGGGGCUGGCUUGUCAAAUGGAGCUCAGCAUUAGGAAACCUGCCUUGUGGUGGUGGGCAGGCCACCGACCGAUGAUCCCCUGCCACAGGACAGCUGGGAGCAACAUCCUGCGGGCUCCAGGUAUGUCGGCUUCCAUGCCUGCCGCUGCCUGCCAGGCGUCUCUCAGUCCUGGCCCCCUUCCCUUUCCUCCCUCCAGCUCAUCUCUGCCAGCCGGGUGCAUCCAUUUCAGCUUUCAAACCAGCCUUGGCAUCUGCCUUGGCCCCACCGUAAUUAAACUGGACCAGCAGCCGCUUACCUGCCUUCCCUGCGCCGAGGGGUUAGUGUGGCCACGGCAGGCUCUUGGAAGCAGCUGAGGAGCUCCUCUGCUCUGCUGCAGCGGAGCCUGCUCUUGGCUGCAGGCAAGCCUGGGCAGCUACUUGAUUUCUCCCCCCUCCUCGAGGAGCCUAUUUUGCUGAUCAUCUGCAGUGUCGUGCCAACAGUGUCUUAAAUCCCAUCUCGUUUCCCUUCCCUCCUCUCCUCACAGCCUUGCGUAACAAGGGCAGAGCAUGGCCUCUUCCUUGCCCCCGGGGUUCUGUUUUGUAACUAUCACCUUCUUUUCCUUCCCCUCCACCCUGACCUUGACAGGGUGUGAAAAUGCUUCUGUUUGGUUUGGUUUCUUUUUUUUUUUGUAAGUUCGGAUUAAUAAAUAAUAAAACCCCAGCGCCAGCA